AUGAAGCGGCCCAGAGAGCGGAGUGGCUCGGACAGCGAGUCCGACGGCCCCAUCGACGUGGGCGGCGAGGGCGAGUUGAGCCAGAUGGCCAGGCCGCUGUCCACUGCCAGCCCUUCGCAAAUGCAAGCCAGAAAGAAACGGAGAGGGAUCAUCGAGAAACGGCGCCGGGACCGCAUCAACAGCAGUCUCUCUGAAUUGCGGCGCUUGGUCCCUACUGCCUUUGAGAAGCAGGGCUCCUCCAAGCUGGAGAAAGCUGAGGUCUUGCAGAUGACGGUGGAUCACUUGAAAAUGCUCCAUGCCAGUGGUGGGACAGGAUUCUUUGAUGCCCGUGCCCUGGCUGUCGACUUCCGAAGCAUUGGUUUUCGGGAGUGCCUCACCGAGGUCAUCAGGUACCUGGGGGUCCUGGAAGGGCCAAGCAGCUGUGCAGACCCCGUACGGAUUCGCCUUCUCUCCCACCUCAACAGCUACGCAGCUGAAAUGGAGCCUUUGCCCACACCCAACAGCCCCCUAGCCUUCUCUGCCUGGCCCUGGUCCUUCUUCCACAGCUGUCCAGGGCUACCAGCCCCAAGCGGUCAGCUCGCCAUCCUGGGCAGAGUGCCCGGCUCUGUACUUCCCAGUGCCUCCUCUCCCACUUACCCCAUCCCAGCCCUUCGAACCACUCCCAUGCGCCGAGCUGCUGGUACCAUCCUGCCAUCCCGAAGGAGUUUCCUGCCCAGCCGAGGGGCCUCUUUGACCCGGAGGGCCCGCCCCCUCGAGAGGCCGGCUGGCCCUGGGCCCUUGUCCCCCAACAGCAGGGCUUCCCGGAGCAGCCACAUCGCAUCCCUCCUACGGUCUUCCUCCCUGACCCUCCCUGGUGCCAUGGGGCCCACUGCCCACGUGGGUGUCCCUGCCCCUAGUCCCUCUUCCCCAGGGCCAGCUGGGAGGCCUGCAGGAGCUAUGUUCUGUCGUUCCUGGGUCUCUGAAAUCACUGAAAUUGGGGCUUUCUGAGCUGGCUCCCCCUGCCCCA